GGAUCCAAAAACUUCCAAACGCAUCUUCUUCCAAAACCCAACUCCAUGGAGCGCCGCAUCCCGCAGCCAGAACCCUAGCCUCGCCGCCAUGGCCUCCACCAUGCUCCGCUCCGGCCACCGACUCUUCCUUCGCCGCCAGCGCCUCUCCGCGGCAUUCUCCACCGCCUCGGCCGAGGAGCUUAUCGACGUCCGCAAGCUUCCCACCGACUACGACCCAUCCACCUUUGACCCGUCCUCCCCGUCCCGGCCGCCUCCGUCCGACCGGGUGUGGCGCCUCGUCGAGGACGUCUCCUUCCUCACCCUCGCAGAGUCCGCAGCUCUCUCCUCUCUCCUUCUCCGCCGCCUCAACAUCCCCUCUGCACCCCCAAUCGCCAUCCUCAACUCCGCCGCAGGGCUCGGCGGCGGCGCCGCCGCCACGGCCGGCGCGGCGGGGGAGAAGGCUGCUGCGGCAGCGGAGAAGACGGUCUUCGAGCUGCGGCUGGAGGCGUUUGAGGCGGCGAGCAAGAUCAAGGUGAUCAAGGAGAUCCGGUCGUUCACUGACCUGGGGCUGAAGGAGGCCAAGGAGCUGGUGGAGAAGGCGCCUGCGGUGAUCAAGGGCGGCGUAUCCAAGGAGGAGGCUGAGGCGAUCGUCGAGCGGAUGAAGGCUGUUGGCGCCAAGGUUGUCAUGGACUGAUCGGAACAUGCCAUUCAAUGGUGCUGUUGACAAUCUUAACCAGAUGAUUUUCGUGUUGGCCGGCUCCAUACUCUGCUCAAUUCACAUGGUUGAUGGCUGCAUCCAGCUUGGCUCGGCACUGUAACUGGAAUUUUGAGCCUCAAUGGCCUUCAACUAUUCAUUAAAUCAUGUGUUUCCUCUUAUUCUGUUGAGGAGUAGCCUAAUCACUAGCAAGAGAUGUGGAAUAAAUUACUUUGAAAAUUGAGAUAAACAGCACGAACAGCAGCAUGUGUAAUGCUACUUUUGGUUGGCAAAUAUUUCCGCAUGCCUCUAUUCUGGUUGAUGUCAUGCCUGUAGCUGAGGCGCUUAGCCUGAGAUGUUUAGCGUUUGACCUCUGUAUUUGUGCAAUGAUUGAUCAUAUGAAUUGGUAUGUAACUGACGAUGGUUAUGGCUCGUGAUUUAACACAUUCGGUACUUCUUGGAGCUGUAUUGUACCCUCAA